AUGAGUGUGGUCUCAAAGUUUCUUCUAUUAAUAUCUACCUUACAGCUUCUGCAUUCAGGCUUUUCAAGCCAUGAGUUUCUGACUAUGAAAAAAAGGCUGACUACAAACAGCAAUCUCAACGUUGAUGCUGUACUUCUGCCGAAAGAUAUACAAUUGGAAGCAAUCUGUGGGGUCGUUCUGUUAACUUUAUCGAUAUUUCUUUCGUUUGGUAAGCAGGAGUUUCUUCCUCUAUCGGGAAAAAUGAAGCUUUUGAAAGAAGACAACUUGCUACAGGAGAUCAAUAUGAACAAAGCGACGAAUUCCAAGAACCUCGCUGGGUGUAAUCCGUAUGGCGAUAUCACGCAUUUGCCCAGCUUCGUGGAUAUUCAUGAAAAAAGAGAAGAAGUGCGGCGCUGGAGGGACCAAGAGACCAAGCAAAAGGACUGA